GAGGCUGUCCGCGUCAGCCAGACAGAGCCGAGUACGGUGUGAUCGCCUCUGCUGCUACUCUUUUGAUGCUGUUGUGGUGUCGUCAUUUCAAGCACAUAUCAACACCGUAACAGACGAACUACUACAACAACUACUGACCGUUAAGGACUUAACCCCUCUUUUCCCCAAACGCGAAAAUAUAGCCCGCAAACUUCAGAAAAGGUGAAGCCCCCAUCCUCCAGCUCCAACCACCAUGUCCUCUGACGCCAAGAACAUCCAGGGGUCACGACCCCUGACCCCUCCGCUUCGCCCGGCCCGACUCCCGGGGUCGUCUCCCGUCUCGCCCGUUUCACCGAGCUCCCUGCGGCUCCCGGCGUGUAAACACAGAGACCGCUCCCCGUCCCCGAUGAGGGGCUUCCUACUCCCCAGCCCCCUGCCCACGCGGAGGAACAGGACGUGCUCAACGAACGCCCGGGCGUCCGAGGGGCCGACGUUUAGCGGUGUGUGCAAGUGUUUCUCCCGCUCCAAAGGUCACGGCUUCAUCACUCCGGCCGAUGGCGGCAGCGACAUAUUCGUACACAUUUCUGACAUCGAGGGGGAGUACGUUCCUGCUGAGGGAGACCUGCUCAGCUACAAGGUGUGCUCCAUCCCCCCCAAGCACGAGAAGGUUCAGGCAGUGGAGGUGAGCAUCACCCAGCCCAAACCAGGGACCCCCCAUGAGACCUGGGCGGGGGCCGUGGUCAGCAGCUGAAGACCAGCGCCCCCCCGGAGCGGAACAGGACGAAGAAGAGCGGAGGAGGAGG